CGCCGCCGCGCCCGCCGCCCGCCUUCGCCGCCGCCGCCGCGAUGCGGCCCGGAGCGCCCGCCCGCCGCCCGGUCUGCUCCUGAGCCUGCUGUUCUGCCCUCCUGGAGCUGCUCCAGGGCGCUGCCUGCCUGGCAGGAGUCCAGUGGUCAGCCAGGGCCCCUCCCCACUGCCGCCUGCGCAUGUGCCGGGGGGACCCAGGAGCCCCCAUCCUCCCGCACAUCGCCAGCUCUUUCCUGCCGAGGAGAGGGGCGCAUGCUGCCAUGAGCUCGCAGGGCCACCCAGACGGAAUCUCCGGCCGAGACCAGCCUGUGGAGCUGCUGAGCCCCGCCCGCGUCGGCCACAUGCCCGGCCCUGUGGAUGUGGCCUCGGCGCUGCCCCUGCAGGUGGCCCCCCCGGCCGUGCCCAUGGACCUGCGCCUGGACCACCCCUUCUCGCUGCCUGUGGCCGAGCCCGGCCUGCGGGAGCAGCAGCUGCAGCAGGAGCUCCUGGCGCUGAAGCAGAAGCAGCAGCUGCAGCGGCAGAUCCUCAUCGCCGAGUUCCAGCGGCAGCACGAGCAGCUGUCGCGGCAGCAUGAGGCCCAGCUGCACGAGCACAUCAAGCAACAGCAGGAGCUGCUGGCCCUGAAGCACCAGCAGGAGCUGCUCGAGCACCAGCGGAAGCUGGAGAGGCACCGGCAGGAGCAGGAGCUGGAGAAGCAGCACCGUGAGCAGAAGCUGCAGCAGCUGAAGAACAAGGAGAAAGGCAAAGAGAGCGCCGUGGCCAGCACGGAGGUGAAGCUGAAGCUGCAGGAGUUCGUCCUGAACAAGAAGAAGGCGCUGGCCCAGAGGAGCCUGAACCACUGCAUCACCAGCGACCCGCGCUACUGGUACGGGAAGACCCAGCACAGCUCGCUGGACCAGAGCUCCCCGCCGCAGAGCGGGGCAUCGGCCUCCUACCAGCACCCACUCCUGGGCAUGUACGACGCCAAGGAUGACUUCCCGCUGCGCAAGACAGCCUCCGAGCCCAACCUGAAGCUGCGCUCGCGGCUGAAGCAGAAGGUGGCUGAGCGGCGGAGCAGCCCGCUGCUGCGGAGGAAGGGCGGGCCCGUGGUCACCGCACUCAAGAAGCGGCCCCUGGACGUGCCUGACUCGGCCUGCAGCAGCGCGCCCGGCUCGGGGCCCAGCUCCCCCAACAACAGCUCGGGCAACGUCAGCACGGAGAACGGCCUCGCCCCCACGGUGCCCAGCGUCCCCGCCGAGGCCGGCCUGGCACACAGACUGGUGGGGCGCGAGGCCGCGCCGUUGCCCCUCUACACGUCGCCGUCUCUGCCCAACAUCACGCUGGGGCUGCCGGCCACGGGCCCCUCGGCGGGCGCGGCCGGCCAGCAAGACGUAGAGCGCCUGGCCCUGCCUGGCCUGCCGCAGCGCCUCCCUCUCUUCCCCGGCACGCACCUGCCCCCCUACCUGGGCACGGCACCCCUGGAGCGGGACGGCACCCACAACCCGCUGCUGCCGCACAUGGUCCUCCUGGAACCGCCCACCGCCCAGUCGCCCCUGGUCGCCGGCCUGGGCGCGCUGCCCCUGCACGCACAGUCCCUGGUGGGGGCCGAGCGCGUGUCCCCGUCCAUGCACAAGCUGCGGCAGCACCGGCCGCUGGGGCGCACGCAGUCGGCGCCGCUGCCCCAGAACACGCAGGCCCUGCAGCAGCUCGUGGUCCAGCAGCAGCACCAGCACUUCCUGGAGAAGCAGAAGCAGCUGCACCUCGGCAAGAUGAUCCCGAAGCCCAGCGAGCCGGCCCGGCAGCCCGAGAGCCACCCCGAGGAGACGGAGGAGGAGCUGCGCGAGCACCAGGCCCUGCCCGAGGAGCCCUUCCUGGACCGGCUGGGGGCCCACUCGGAGCCGCACGGCCUGGCCGGGGUGCAGGUGAAGCAGGAGCCCAUCGAGAGCGACGAGGAGGAGGCCGAGCCCCCGCGGGACGCAGAGCCGGGCCAGCGCCAGCCCAGCGAGCAGGAGCUGCUCUUCCGACAGCAAGCCCUCCUCCUGGAGCAGCAGCGGAUCCACCAGCUGAGGAACUACCAGGCCUCCAUGGAGGCUGCCGGCAUCCCCGUGUCCUUCGGCGGCCACCGGCCUCUGUCCCGAGCGCAGUCUUCCCCGGCGUCCGCCACCUUCCCCAUGUCUGUGCAGGAGCCGCCCCCGAAACCCAGGUUCACCACAGGCCUGGUGUACGACACUCUCAUGCUGAAGCACCAAUGCGCCUGCGGCAGCAGCAGCACCCACCCCGAGCAUGCCGGCCGCAUCCAGAGCAUCUGGUCCCGGCUGCAGGAGACCGGCCUGCGCAGCAAGUGCGAGUGCAUCCGGGGCCGCAAGGCCACGCUGGAGGAGCUGCAGACGGUGCACUCGGAGGCGCACGCCCUGCUCUACGGCACCAACCCCCUCAACCGGCAGAAACUGGACAGUAAGAAACUUCUAGGCUCGCUGGCCUCCGUGUUUGUCAGGCUGCCCUGCGGCGGUGUUGGGGUGGACAGUGACACCAUCUGGAACGAAGUGCACUCAUCCGGGGCUGCCCGUCUGGCCGUAGGCUGUGUGGUUGAGCUGGUCUUCAAGGUGGCCACAGGGGAGCUGAAGAAUGGUUUCGCCGUGGUCCGUCCCCCUGGGCAUCACGCCGAGGAGAGUACCCCCAUGGGCUUCUGCUACUUCAACUCCGUGGCCAUCGCAGCCAAGCUACUCCAGCAGCGGCUGAGUGUGAGCAAGACGCUCAUUGUGGACUGGGACGUGCACCAUGGCAACGGCACCCAGCAGGCCUUCUACAGCGACCCCAGCGUCCUGUAUGUGUCCCUGCACCGCUAUGACGAUGGCAACUUCUUCCCAGGCAGCGGGGCACCUGACGAGGUGGGCACGGGACCAGGCGUGGGCUUCAACGUCAACAUGGCCUUCACCGGGGGCCUCGACCCCCCCAUGGGCGACGCUGAGUACCUGGCGGCCUUCAGGACCGUGGUCAUGCCCAUCGCCAGCGAAUUCGCCCCGGACGUGGUGCUGGUGUCGUCUGGCUUCGACGCCGUGGAGGGCCACCCCACGCCUCUGGGCGGCUACAACCUGUCCGCCAGAUGUUUCGGGUACCUGACGCGGCAGCUGAUGGGCUUGGCCGGCGGCCGCAUCGUGCUGGCCCUGGAGGGCGGCCACGACCUCACGGCCAUCUGCGACGCAUCAGAAGCCUGCGUCUCGGCGCUGCUGGGCAAUGAGCUGGACCCGCUCCCGGAGAAGGUCUUGGAGCAGCGGCCCAACGCCAACGCGGUGCGGUCCAUGGAGAAGGUCAUCAGCAUCCACAGCCAGUACUGGCGGUCCCUGCAGCGCCUGUCCUCCACGGCGGGCUACGCGCUGCUCGAGGCGCAGAAGUGUGAGAACGAGGAGGCCGAGACGGUCACGGCCAUGGCCUCCCUGUCCGUGGGCGUGACGCCCGCCGAGAAGAGGGCCGACGAGGAGCCCAUGGAGCAGGAGCCGCCCCUGUAGCCGCCGCCGUCGCUCUGUCUGUCUGUCUUGACGCGCAGCCGAGAAGACGCGUCCCUGUGUCCCGCUGCCCUGGACACCAGGUGCCAGGGGCCCAGUGGCUCGGGGAGCC